AUGCCUUACAUGAAGGUCUUCUCGACGUAUGCCCUAACCUUGUCGUGCUAUCUCGGUGCCGGGAGCGACUGCGUCGAGGUGGUGGCCAACUACGACUCGGACAUCCUCCAGACCUGGCGCCUGCAGAAGAUGCUACAGCUGUUCGGUCAUCUGGUCGAGCAGCUGACCUCAUAUUCCGCUGAUUCGACGCUCAGCACACUUGAGCCGCUGACUCCGGCUGAUCGGACGCAGUUGUGGGCGUGGAAUCGGACUGUCCCGAAGGCGGCAGAUGGCUGCGCGCACGACGUGAUCGACGCCCAGUCGCGAACCAACCCGGAUGGCACACAGCACGAACGAAGCAUAAGGUCCUAA